AUGCUUUCUAAACUUAAGCAUAGAAAUCUUGUCUCUAUCAUUGGGUUUUGUGAUGAGAACGGUGAGAAGAUCGUCAUAAACAAACAUGAGAUCCAUGGAAGUCUGUACGACUAUCUACAAGACCCGACCGUGACAUGGAUGCGAAGAUUGCAGAUAUGUAUUGGUGCCGCGCACGCUUUGAGUUACAUUUAUUAUGAUAAGCGACGUGAUUUCAGCAUCAUACACCGUGAUAUCAAGAGCUCCAAGAUUUUACUGGAUGAGCAGUGGGAAGCAAAAUUAUCUGGUUUUGAACUUUCCAUCACUCAGACAGCAAGUCGAAGGGACUGUCUUUGCAUUCCUGUGGAUGUUUGUGGUACGAUAGGGUACCGUGACCCAACAUAUGUUCAGAGUGGAUUCGUGACCCACAAGUCAGAUAUUUAUUCAUUUGGCAUUGUAUUAUUUGAAGUCCUGUGCGGAAAGCAUUGUGAUGAUGAUAAGUUGUUAGCUCCAUCGGCCAGAUCAUACUAUGAAGAGGGAAGACUAGAAGAUAUGAUAGAUCCGGUUCUAUGGAAACAAAUGGACCCAAAAUCAUUCAAAAUCUUUUCAGAAACAGCAUACUACUGCGUGAAGGAACAACGACAACAACGUCCAAAUAUACAUCAGAUUGUCAUACAACUUGAGAAAGCCUUGGAAUUUCAAUGGAAACAUCAAAACCCUGCUUUCAUAUCAAAGGCUCACUCUAUGGUUAAGGGCAUGACUUCCAAGAGCUUGAAGGGGAAAAACUUGAAACACUUAGAGAUCCCACUCAUUGAUAUACAAUUGGCCACCGAGAAUUUUGGUAAAACAUACCUCAUUGGGUCAGGCGGAUAUGGUGAUGUGUACAAAGCUGAACUUGACCAUUUUGAUAGCAAAAACUUGUUGCCAUUAGAAGAGAAGAAGACAAGGGAACAUGCCAAGAAGCGCUCCACUGUAGCUAUCAAACGCAUAUUGAAUAGAGAAGACAAACAAGGAAUACAAGGGUUCCUAGCAGAAAUUGAAAUGCUUACAAAUUGUAAGCAUCCCAACAUAAUCUCUCUUCUUGGAUUUUGCAAGGAAGGUGAUCAUAUGUUACUUGUCUACGAGCAUGCUUCUAAAGGAAGCCUUAGUGAUUAUUUGGGAAGCACCGGUGGUAAGUUGACUAAUCUUACUUGGGUGCAACGUAUAAAGAUAUGUAUUGAUAUUGCACGCGGAUUGAAUUACCUUCAUACCAAGAUAGAGGACGAUCGAAGGAUAAUACACCGUGAUAUAAAAAGCGAUAACAUUUUGUUAACUGAGAAUUGGCAAGCCAAGAUUGCUGAUUUUGGGCUCUCCAGAUUACGCAGUGUGAAAAAAAGUCAACAAGUGAACAAGACUCUCAAUACAGAAACUCUUGCAGGCACAGAUUUUUAUUGGGACCCAGAAUAUUUUAAAACGGAAAAUAUCAACGGGAUUGCACCUGUCGCAAGACGUCGCUUCAAUGAGGGAACAAUAAGGGAAAUGGUAGAUCCUAAGCUGAUGGAAGAAACUCAUGACAACAUUUUCACUUCAAGUAGAGGACCCGACAAAGAUUCAUUGGAUACAUUUACGAAAAUUGCAUAUCAAUGUGUGGCAGAAUCUCAAACUAACCGUCCAACAGCAGAAGUCAUAAUUAAGAAACUUGAGGAAGCGUUAUCUUUACAAGAAAACAUCAAGGACCACCUCAAAUUCUCACUUGAUGACAUUAAAACUGCCACACAAGACUUCAGCCAUAACAACUUGAUUGGUCAUGGAGGAUUUGGGGAUGUAUAUAAAGGAGAAGUUACACAUGCUAAGGGACGUUCUACUAUUGCUGCAAAGCGGUGGCAUGGGAGAUAUGAUCAGGGAGAACACGAAUUUUUGAUGGAGCUUCAAAUUCUCUUGGAGUAUAAACAUGAAAAUUGUAUUGGUCUUUUAGGCUAUUGCAACGAAAUGGGUGAAAAAAUCAUUGUUUAUGAGUAUGCUUCUAGAGGAAGUCUGGAUAGGUACUUGAAGGACAAAGGUCUUAUGUGGAUGAAACGGCUUGAGAUAUGCAUCGAUAUUGCAAGUGGGUUGGAUUUCCUUCAUGGAGGUGGAGCGGCACAAGAGCCGGUGAUACAUAGAGACAUUAAAAGCUCAAACGUUCUAUUAACCAAUGAUUGGAAAGGAAAAAUUUCUGAUUUUGGGCUUUCGUUAAUAAGUCCAUUAAAUAAGGAUAUUGACUUUGUCAUUGAUAAUUUACGCGGCACAAUAGGCUAUAUUGACCCACUAUACCUGAAAUUGGGUUUCUUAACCAAAGAAUCUGAUAUAUAUUCACUCGGCGUUGUUUUAUUUGAGAUAUUGUCUGGCAGAGAUGCAUUUGUUGAUUACAAUACGCAUGGGCAUCUAUCUGUAUUGGUUAAAAACAACUUCAAUGAAGGAAAACUUGAUGAGAUGGUGUUCGAAGGUAUAAAAGAACAAAUUGCCCCAAAAUCAUUGGCUACAUUUCAAAUAAUUGCCUACCAAUGCUUACAUGAUGAUAAUAAAAAACGACCAACAUCACGCGAUGUGCUACUACAACUCAAAAAGUCGUUGGAAUUCCAAGAGGACUACGAAAUAUGGGAGCGCAAAUUGCCCAAUGAUUAUGAACAAAUAUUUAAAAUGUCAAAAUUUUCGGAGAUCUACUCUACUGAAAAGAAAAAAGACCUCCACAACUUGCUCUCCAAAGGAAUCAUCCUUCAAAAAGGCACAGAGUGGUUUUUAGUAGGUGCUAAUGGAAAAAGAAAUCAAAUGAUAUCAGCAUGGAAGUUUUUAUACAAACAACGCCAGUCAUAUAAGUGGGGAUAUGUUCCAUACUCAAGGUUUCAAAAGGUAGCAGAGAUGCUAGAUUUUUCGAAUCUAAAGAUCAAAAUGAAGAUAAAAACUCAAUUAUUAUCUUCGGGCGUCAAUUAUGGGAUUCAUCUCAUCUUUAGAAUUUGUGGUCCAAGAAAAUCUCUAGCUAAGCAGAUGUACGUAAACCUUAAGUACAAAAAGGGGAGAGGGAGCGAAACCUUACAUGCAUAUUUCGCAACAUGGAGAGAAGAUGAUUGGAUGAUGAUUGAACUGUGUCGAUUCUCAAAUGACAAGGAAAAUAUUGACUUGGAGUUUCUGCUAGAAAGCCUUUCGCAAUACUAUUGUGGAAGCCAUGGCAUAUAUGUUGAAGGCAUUGAGUUUCGAGCCAUUGAUAAUGUGAAACAUGAAGAAACGGAUGAAAUACAAGAAGUGCAACAAGUACUGAAAUCAGACUCAAACAUGAAUCUCAUGCAACAAUUGCCAACUAACCUUGAAGAAAUAUUUAAGAGAUCUGAAAAUGAGGAUGGAGAUGAAAAGCUGUUUUUGCUCAACAAAGUGAACGGAAAGAAAUAUCUUAUGCUUUCUGCAAAGGCUGCUGUUUACAACUAUUCUGAUGUGAAGCUUUUCAAAACAAAACCAUCAAUUCAAUCCAGAUUUCUAGAGGUGAUUGAGCUUCUACCACAACAAGUACUUCGUAUCAAUUGCAAGAUUAAAAGUCAAAUGUUAUCACGAGAUACAGACUACACAUGUUAUCUUGUGUUCAAGCUUUCAGAAAAGUGUCGUGGGCUGCAUUGUCCUGUGAAAGUAAGAAAUCUACUUCAUCGGAACAAGAAAGAGGUUGAAAUUAUUUAUUUUAGAACCCCAAAUACAUGGAAUUUACAUGAUACUAAUCAAGCUCCACAACAAAGGCCAGAUGGAUGGAUGGAAGUUAAGAAGAUCGAGAUGUCCAUAUUCGAUGGGGAAGACUCCCAUGGUUGGAUCGACCGGGUGGAAUGCUACUAUGAGAUCCAAGCAAGAUUUCAACUCUCGUAUGAGGGGACCUUCGAGAAGAUGGCGAGGCAUUUGGGCGAAUUUCCGGAACAUGUCUUGGAAGGAACUUUCAUCAAAGGGCUAGAACCAGCACCCAAAUCAUCAAUAAGGGUCAUGCAACCCAAGGGUCUGACCCGCACAAUGGUAUUAGCGGUUAUGAUCAAUGAAAAUCAACACGAGGAUGAGACAGAAAAUUAUGGGGAAUUAGAAGACGAUCGAUCCACAAUUUCAUCAAUAUUUGGUUGCAGAACUUGA